GAAGUUGUCACACACCGACAGACACGGAUACAAACGGACUACUGCCGCCGCAUCAGGACCGGGAGGAACACUCACACUGCGAGUCCACCACCAGCUACCUCGAUUCCGCAGUUACUUUACUUUUUUGUGAAUUGAAUUCCCUUUCGUAUCGAUGAAGGAACGCCGUUCGGUUCAGAGAUCAGCGCUGAAGCCUGCCCUAGACCCCCCGCAGAGCGUCACGUGUAAGGUUGUGGUGGUGGGCGACAGCCAGAGCGGGAAGACCGCGCUGCUCCACGUGUUCGCGAAGGACUGCUUCCCCGAGAGCUACGUACCCACCGUGUUUGAGAACUACACAGCGAGCUUCGAGAUUGACAUGCAGCGCAUCGAGCUCAGCCUGUGGGACACUUCAGGGUCUCCGUACUACGACAAUGUCAGACCACUGUCCUACCCGGACUCGGACGCCGUGCUGGUCUGCUUCGACAUCAGCCGGCCCGAGACCCUGGACAGUGUACUGAAGAAGUGGAAGGCAGAGAUCCAGGAGUUCUGCCCGAGCACCAAGGUGCUGCUGGUGGGCUGCAAGUCGGACCUGCGCACCGACCUCAGCACCCUUGUGGAGCUGUCCAACCAGAGACGGAACCCCGUGUCCUACGACCAGGCGUCCAGCAUGGCCAAGCAGAUCUCGGCGGUGUACAUCGAGUGCUCGGCGCAGCAGUCGGAGAACAGCGUUCGGGACAUCUUCCACGUGGCAACGCUGGCCUGCGUCAACAAGACGGCCAAGGAGGGCAAGCGGGCUAAGUCCCCGCGGCCCCCACAGCGCGCCUCGCACAUGCCCAGUCGGCCGAAGCUGCCCGCCGACACUGCCGACCUCCGCAAGGACAAAGCCAAGAGCUGCUCGGUCAUGUGACUGCAGGACUGUCGCAGAGCGGGCCUAUUGGACCCGGUCGACGGAAGGGGUCAUGUGACAUUGAGGGGCCACGAUGGAGAGCAAUGCAUGAUGGGAGAGGGGUGCUGGGGGAGUGGCUCUUCGCCGGACACUCCUGGUUGAGCUGGAGUUGGCUCUGUUGUUCGAUACCUUUGACAUUCAAACAGUUCCGUUUCCAUAGAGACGCGGUGAGACCCUCCACCUGGACAUGGAAGGAGGAACGACUCAUUAGGAUAGGACUGCCUAGCAACUGGCCUACCCGCAUCCUCCCCCUCCCCCUCCUCCCACACAUCCCCCUCUCCCCUCGUCCUGAAACAGGGGGAAGAGGAAGUGCUCUCUAUCACAGCCGGGCACUUCCUGUAUCAACUUCUCUCCACACCCCUCCCCUCCACCCCUGCACCCGGAAGUGACCCGUUUCCUCAGAGGUUCGUAGAGGAGGAGUCGGCUCCCUGCACCCACUCCACCACCAGCUCCACCCCAAAUGGAAGAGGAUGAGUUGGCUCACUACAGCACCUCCACCACCAGCUCUACCCCGACAGGAAGAGGAGGAGGCAGCUCACUGCACCACCUCCACCACCAGCUCCACUCCGACAGGAAGAGAGGAGGUGGAGGAUGUAGUGUUGGUGUCGGUCGGUGGUCGGUGGUCAUGUGACCACUGCUCACCACGUCAUGCAGGAAGGCGACGGCGACAUGUGGUGGAUGUUGUCGUGGUGUUGGGUUCCUAGGGCCUAUUCUGCUACUUGUAUUUCUUAGGAAGUGGUCUCUCCGGUGCGGGCUGGUGUCCGGGCGGUAGAGCCGCUUGUUAUUUUGCAGUCUGUUUGUCAUCGUAUCCGCCCUCUUUGUCUCUUCUGUCGAUGUCAUACCAAAGAACAUCAAUUAUAUAGUUUUUCCCGCUCUGAUCCAAAAGGACUGACCGGCGAAUGAUCAAUUCUUUCAGACAAACGCCUUGAGCCGAGUCCGCAACAUUUGUGGAGAGAACUAGUUCUGGUGAAAACUAGUGAUUGUUAAACCAGCGAAAGGCCCCACAGUGUGAAUAUCGGGUUGUUCUGUAAAAUAGUGCAGAACCUCGACAAAUAUUCUUGUCUUUACCCCAAGACCUCUGAGAACGUAUGAUUGUUCAGUGGAACUCAGCUACUUCUCACACAUACCAUCAAACCAGAAUGAUAAACUAACUGCUGUGACAAUUCAAACAAAAAACAAAGACACUACUGUCAGAGAUCAAAUAUUUAUCAACUAACUAAUAAAAAACAAAUGCACAUUUUUGGGGUCAUAUAUUUCUAAUAUUUGUCACAAUAAUUUUGCUAGCUAUACAUUUAGAACAAAAUGUAGUUCAAUAUUAUUUUUUUGGAAUAUUUGAAUAUCUGCGCAAUCGCUGUGCUUGGAAAUCAAUGAACUCUGCCAAACUUUAUGGGCACACAAAAAAAGCUGAAAUGAUAAUACUGCUUUCAAGUCUUGCCAGUUUGACUGUGAAGCUGUUUGGUUUUCCCUUCCAUAAAAGUAUUUUUUCUAAUGUCUCUUGAUGAUAUCUUUCACAUCGAUGUUCGCACAAUAUUUAUAGAACAAUUCUUUCCCUUUUCAAUAAAUAACUGAAAACAGAGUUGUUUGUUUGAUUGUGUAAAC